AUGGACAACUUGAGGGACCUCGUCGCCAACGUCGAGUUUCUUGGGAGAAAGCAUGUCGACCUACGGAUGAGGGUGGCCUAGGUAUUCGGCGCCCUCAAGAUGUACUCAACAUGCUUUAAAAGAAACUCGUUUGGAGGAUGAGGACCACACCAUCGGUGCUAGGCUUUUUUGUGUCAACCAAAUAUGGUGAGUGAGCUCGACAGCCCAUUGACAUCAAAUGAGUCAAACGAUGGGCAGACUGGCAGCAACAUUGGUUAGAGAUGGUGCCCCUUAUUCGUUGGCGAGUAGGGCGAGGCACGAUCAGUGCCUGGUAUGACACUUGGCUAGAGGACACACCAUUGGCCAGUUUUACCACUUUCACAUCCUCUUGGCCUCGCUUGACGGUAGCCCAGCUUCUCCAAGGAGACACUCGUCUACUUAUUGAGAAGCAUGGACUACCGUCAGACUUAUUACCAGCCAUCACUAUGACUGAGACGAGUUUUACUAAGAACCAACCCAUCUGGACACUUACCGUAGAUGUCAGUUUCUCUUGUAGCUCCUCUUGGGAGCACUUUAGAAACCGCUCCCCAAAGACAUUUUGGGAAAAUCUCAUAUGGCAUCCAGCCAUCACACCUCGUAUUUCAUUCUUCUUGUGGAAGUUCAUGCACCGAAGACUACCCACCAACGAUCGAGUGAUUGUCACCGAUCAGGAGGUGGAAAGGAGAUGUCAUUGUUGUUCCAUCACGACGGACAAAAGUAUCGAACAUUUAUUUUUCUAUAGUGAUAUUGCUGUCAAGUGUUGGCGUCAACUUCUAGCGAAUUGGCUCUUAAUGAUCUCGUACAGACCUAUGAGACCACCACUAGAGGUCUUUAGGAGAGUCAUUGACUCACCGACGAGUGUCAAGGUUAGUCCUUUUAUCCGUAUCUCCAUAGUAUAUAUGUUAUGGGAAAUAUGGAAAGGACGUAACUCAUCUCGAUUUGCAGGCCAAGUGAUGCGUGUCAUAGAGAUUAUGAGGCACGUAACACAAUGGCUUCAGAGUACUCAUUCCUUAGUGCUAAACAAAACGAAACACUCGUGUUCUGUUUGUGAGGCUUUUGGGCUUUGGGGACUCCAUAUCAUACCUACACAGACCUGGACUACUAUCUGAUCUGUUAGAUGGACACCACCAAGGGUUAGACAGUGGAAACUCAACGUCGAUGGAGCAUCUCAAGGCAACCCUGGACCAUCUGGAGGAGGAAGUAUUUUACGUGAUAGUACAUGAUGCAUUUUCUUUGCCUUUUUGAACUUUUAUAAUAUACGAACUAAUACUGAGGUAGAGGUUAUGGCAAUACGGGAUGGUUUGCUUCUUUGUGAGGAGCAAAAUAUUACUAAUAUUGUCUUAGAAUCUGAUUCCAAAGUGUUAGUGGACAUGUUACGUGCGGACUCUUGUCCUCAUUAGAGGCUCAAGAAUAUUUGGGCAAACAUCAUGCGAUGUCAAGGACGCAUCACAACCAUUACGCAUCAGUUCCGAGAAGGGAAUCAGACAGCCGACGCCCUUGCUAUGUAUGGAGUCAGAUUGCGUCGGAGGAUAGUCUUCUCUUUUUGGUAGGACAUGCCCCUUGCAGCCUGAGGUGCUCAUAGACUUGAGCGACUCGGUAUACCCUCUUUAUGCAUACACCGCACUCCACUACUGGCCACUCCACGGCAGUGGCGUAUUGCUUGGAGGAGAUCAGGGGUGGUUACUAUUGGCCACUGAAGACCACAAUGGAGAUACAGGUAUGUGUUUCCUUUAUUUAUGUUUUCAGGUCUAUCACAAGCCACAACCAUGACAUUAUCAUAGCGUUCAUCCCAUACCACCGAUGUGGAAUGCACUUUGCCUAUCAACACAAGAUGGACAACAAGGCACAUCGUAAUCCACCUAGGUAUAUUACUUCCAAUCAUUACUCUCCUCAUAAUCACCUCACAUCUAUUAUCUAUCACCCUCAAGUAGUGAGGACAUAGAACUAUCAGCACAUGUUGGCAUCUGCCUACUUUUGAACUAUAGGUCUAUAGCACAUCAGACCUACCAAACUAGUUGUGAAUCGCCAACCUAGCACCUCUCUCAAGAUCUCAUUAGUACCAUCAGCCAGCUUGAACCCAUGAGAAGGGAAGGAUCUAUAUCUAUAGGAUUGACCCUCUCUCUUCUCUCUCUCUCUCGAUUCUUUAUUUCUUUCUCCCUCCCUUUCUCUCUCUUUAAAAAGAAAAAAAAAAGAAAAAGAGACAGCCUACUUCUUUUCCCAGAAUCACCAGCCCAUCAUAGAUAAUUAGUGGAGGGUGAGGGAAAGGGCCCUCAAAAAAAAAAAAAAAAAAAAAACGAGCAUUCUAUUUUCCUUCCCCUAAUCACUAGACUCGAAAGGGAAUUACCCUUGUACACCAAAUAAUGGGCAUUAGUGGAGGGUAAAAGAAGAGGCCCUCAAAAAAAAAAAAAAAAAAAGAGAGAGAAAGAAGAGAGAGAGAAUAAGAGAAAAGGAAAAGAGUUAGAAAAAGAAACCAAGUCAUUCUUCGUGGGGUGAAAGGUCCCUUACUUACUUAGAGGAAGUACAACAACUGAUGGUACUAACAAGAUCUUGGCCAAAGAGAUUAGACGCGUACAACACUAGAAAGACAAAUUCAUAUUUGGGCUUAUUGUCAUACUCCAAGCAUAGUUCUAUCCUCUUCACUGUCUUAACAACUCUUUUCUCACCACUUUAUAUCAUUUUAUUUAUUUCUUAGAACCACUUACUGCAGCAAAUUCUUGUCUUGUAGGAACACCUCAUGGUGCACAACAUGGAGGUUUACACGUCCUACUACAGUUGACCAGAUAUUCCAACUUCAUGAACUCAAAGGCUCUUUUAGCCCAAAUGUAGACCAACCGGCUUCUUCAAAUAUGAUGAGUGAAUUGGAGUCUAUCUCUAGUAUUAUCACAUACCCUCUAAAAAAAGAGGUCUUUCACCCUCCAAAAAAAAAAAAAAAAAAAACCCUAAACCCUAACCCCCCUUAGUGGGAGAGUUGCCACUGAAUCUCAUAAGAACUCCGGAGUUAAGUGUGCUCGGGUGGGAGCAGUCUCCGGAUGGGUGACCUCCCUAGGAAGUCCCCGGGUACAUGUGCAUGUGUUGCGAGAUGCUUGCUCUACAUGUGCUGAAAGGCACCGCUGCAUGAUCGUGCCGAGAGGCAUAUGUGGCAUCCAUCUAACUAUGCCAAGACGCCCCCAGUUGCGAAGAACGUGCCAAGAGGCACCCCUGCCACCAUAUUGAGAGACACAUAUGUGACAUCCAUCUCACCAUGCCAAGAUGCCCCCAACUCCAAAGAACGUGCCGAGAGACACCCUUGCCACGAUGUUGAGAGGUGCAAGUGGCAUCUAUCUCUGAAGAAUGUGCUUGAGAGGCACCAAAGUGCUUGGGCAUGUGAAGUACUAGGAUGGGUGACCUCCUGAGAAGUUCGGCCCAAGACAAUUAUAAAACAAAAACAAAAAAAAAAAAAAAACCCUAAACCCUAAAUCCAUAGUGAUAUUGUUGUCGAGUGUUGGAGUCAACUGCUAACGAAUUGGCUUCCAACGCUCUCAUAUAGACUUACGAGACCACCACUAGAGGUAUUUAGGAGAAUCAUUGACUCACCAACGAGUGUCAAGGUUAGUUCCUUCAUCCAUAUCUCCAUAGCAUAUAUGUUAUGGGAAAUAUAGAAGAGAUGUAACUCAUCUCAAUUUACAAGUCAAGUGAUACAUGCCAUAGAAACUAUGAGGCACGUAACACAAUGAUUUCGAAGUACUCAUUCCUUAGUGCCAAACAAAAUGAAAUGUUCAUGUUCUAUUUGUGAGGCUUUUAGGCUUUGGGGACUUCAUAUCAUACCUAUACAAACUUGGACUAAUAUCUGAUCUAUUAGAUGGACAUCACCAAAUGUUAGACGGUAAAAACUCAACGUCGAUGGAGCAUCUCAAAGCAACCCAAGACCAUCUAGCUCAAGCGAUAGUACAGAAUGUAUUCUCUUUGCCUCCUCAAACUUUUAUAAUAUACGGACUAACACUGUGGUAGAGGCUAUGGCAAUAUGGGAUGAUUUACUUUUUUAUGAGGAGUAAAAUAUUACUGAUAUUAUCCUAGAAUUUGACUUCAAAGUGUUAGUGGACAUGUUAUGUGUAGACUUUUAUCCUCAUUGGAGGCUCAAGAACAUCUGAACAAACAUCAUGAGAUGUCAAGGGCGUAUCACAGCCAUUACGCAUUAGUUCUAAGAAAAGAAUUAAACGGCCGACACUCUUGUUACGCAUAGAGUUAGAUCGUGUCGGAGGACAGUCUUCUCUUCUCGACAAAACAUGCCCCUCGAAGCUCGAGGUGCUCAUAGACUUGAGCAACUCGACAUACCCUCUUUAUAUAUACAUCACACUCUACUAUCGGCCCCUCCACAGCAGUGACGUAUUGCUUGGAGGAGAUCAGGGGCGGCUACCAUUGGCCGCUAAAGACCACAAUGGAGAUAUAGGUACGUGUUUCCUUUGUUUCUGAUUUCAAGUCUAUCACACACCACAACCACGACAUCAUCAUGACACUUGUCACGUACCACUAA